AUGAAUGUUGUCUUUACCCACAAUGCACAGCGAAUCAGCCACGUAAACGUGAGGAAUCUGCUGCCUGCGGCUUGUUAGCUGCUUCAGCGUCCUGCACAGCUUCAGAGCUUCAUAUCACAGAUGUCCACAUGAUGCCCCACUCGUUUACCAGGCCUUCAGUGAGACUGCUACAGCUGUAAGAUGUCAAUGGUGUUGUUCGCCUCUGUGGUUCGGAUCGGAGACGGCCUGCCUCUCUCUGCAUCCACCGACUAUGAGCAGGACAAGGAGCUUCAGGAAACAAAGAGGCACCUCAAAGGUCUCUCCAAGAAACUCAUCCAGUUCCCUGACCGCUGCACUCUUAAAACUGGUCCAUACAAUGUCAAUUUCACAAGCUCACUGGGCGUUGGAUACCUGAUGGUUUGCACUGCAAACUACCCCAGCGUGCUGGCCUUCUGCUUCCUGGAUGAGCUACAGAAGGAGUUUAUCGUCACCUAUGACACCAAACGAAUCAGAAGCGCCAUGCGGCCGUACUCCUUCAUUGAAUUUGACACCUUCAUCCAGAAGACCAAGCAGCGCUACAAUAGCCCUCGUUCCCUGUCCACCAAAAUCAACCUGUCUGAUAUGCAGACGGAGAUCAAGCUGCGGCCGCCCUACCAGCUCUCCCCUGAGGACCUGCAGGCUGUCAAUGGAUUCUCAGUGCACACAACCUCCAAGUACAAGGGCAUCGCUCCCACACAGGUGCUGGAGCCAGUGACACUCCCAGGCAUCGUGUCCUGUGUGCUCAGUGUCCUCUGUGGAGGCCUGAACCUGCUGCGAGGAGUCCACGCUAUAGAGAGCAUACUACAGAAUGACGAUGAGGACUUUAAUUAUGUGAUUGCCUUCUUCCUUGGCACAGCAGCCUGUCUGUAUCAGUGCUACCUGUUUGCCUACUUCUCUGUCUGGAGGAACAGUAAAUCCUUCCUGGCAUUUGCGUUGAUCUGUCUGUCCAACAUGUAUCUGUAUGAACUGAGGAACAUGUGGCAGAUCCUCUUCCAUGUUGCAGUUGGGGCCUUCAUGACCCUGCAAAUCAGACUGAGGCAAUUGCUGGGCAAAGCGCCGGACUACAAUGUCUGACAAAGACCCUAAACACAACAGACAAAUGGACCUUUUAUUCAGAUGUCCUGGAAAUACUGGAGAUGCUACUGGGGACAAAGUGGACAUGAAAAACAAGCAAAGUUCAGGAAGAAGAAGAAAAAUCAAAAAAUGCAACAUCACAUUAGUCCUGUUCACUAAAUCCUAGCACUACUGGACGGAUCUCACUUUGGACUUUGAAUGAAACUCUGGUACAGGCUGAACCAUAUGUGGACAUUAUUGGAUUGAUUUUGGAAGUUAUCUCCUCCUGUCUGAUAAUGAUUUGACUUCCUUUGAGUGCAGCCAUUGUUUAGGUCAGAGUCCUGCAUGCAGGAAGUCCAGUUUUGCAAACUUGUACUCUUCUUGCACCUCCAACAUUAAGUAUUGGAACUGACCUGUUACAAAUAACCCACAACCCUUCUCACAGCAAAGUACAACUGUUUAAGUUAUUUUUUUCUUAGGAAUGUAUCAAACAAACAAACAAACAGUUCUGAAAAUGAUAGUUUUGCAGUACCUUACUAUGAGGACUGUAAAAAAAAAGUCUUUAAAAAAAUUAACUGAAGCUUAAUACAUACACACCUGAUCAAAGUAUAAAAAACAAGCAUCCAUCACCCUAGACAGUAGUCAAAAUAUGCUAAUGUAGUAUGAAUAUGAUCAAAUCUGCUCAGUGCUGAUGCACGUCAGAGCUGGAAAAUGAGAAAAUGAGCAGAAGUGCGAUUCAAUGGGUGACCAGAGCAUGAAUUUACAUAGAAAAGAGAAUUUGACCAGACUUUUCAUUAGAGCUUUUGGUUAUUUGAGAUUUGAUGUUUGAGCUAAAAAGACAUUUCUGCUUUUACCCAAGCAUCACUUAUGUUUGAUAUUCAGCGACAUCAGUUCCUUGAGCUCCGUCAACAACACUUGAAGUCCAAAGAUACCCUGUGUAGUUUUCUUGUAAACAAACACAAGAGAUGUUUGUGUUCAGUUUAUUCUGUACAGCCUCUAAGAAAACAUGAGGUGCUUUUCAUUUCUAGCAAAACACCUUACACAAUUUAGUUAUUUUGAAUCCAGCAUUAGUUAAGUCACUGUUUACUAGCUUGCAUUUUUCUUCCCUGGUGCAUAUCUUGGCAUAUUACUGUCACCAUUAGAUGAAUGGUAUGGAGUCACAACACUGGCAGUGCUGUUUGUUGCAUCACCUGUAUGACUGCAUUUAAUGCAUGUGUGCUCUUAUGAGUACACAAUAUAAAUGCAACAGGGACACAUUUAGAAAAAUCCCUUUGUAGGGCUACUAGAGGUUUAAAAAAACUCCACAGGGAACCUUUAAUUGUGAUAUGUAACAACAUACAACAGAAAAUAAACACUUAAUCGCAAAUUUAAAAAAGUUAAAGAGUGAACAUUUACAUAAAUUCUUAGGCUUCAUCUAUGUCCUGCUGUCAUGCAGUUAUUAUUUUUCCCCCUUUUUUUGCAUGUGUACCCAUGGAUACCUGACCUUGUGCAGGACUCUGGUUUAGGUUUUGGUUGUAACUAUGCAAUGCUGCCUUGUGUAUGUGUGGCCCUCAUUGAAUUAUGUUGUGUUCUGUGGCAUCACCAGGCAACUAUCAUACCUUACUAAGUGUUUGUCAUUUUGUACACGUUUCAUUUUGGUAUUUAUUUACUUGACUGAUUGUUCUGAGAUACGUGGUCACUGAAGAUUUAUACAUAUUUUAUUAAUUUUAUUGGUUUUGUGAUUGCUCCAUUUUUAUGCAGACCUAAGUUUUUACUAAAUAGGUCCUGCUUCAUUCGCAACAAAUGGCCUGUUUGCAUUCAUACCCAACUUCCUAGCCUACACAGCCUCGAGCAUAUGCCAUUGUGAAGUGACUAUGUUAAUAAACAGGUCUGUGUUGGCAGCAGCAAAGAUGCAUAGCUCAGUUGUGGAUGGCCAGAUGCAAGCUGGAUCGUCUGAACAUAUCCUGGCUUCCUUUUCCUCCCUCUGAGCACCUCACUUUAGAUGUGGCUGCAUCUGCCAUUUAUGACAACAAAAUUUCAGUCUCUCUCCUUUUUCCCUGUGUUGUGGAUAUUUUCACAGCAUAAUUUCUAUCAGGAGAGAUGGUGUGAGAUUGUUCAGGGAAUUAUGGCACGAUUUUUUUGGCUUCCUGCACCAUCUUAACAUGUAAUUGUAAACAAAUGAGAAGGGUAGAGAAUUAAGUCAUGCCUUUAUUGUUCAUAAAAACAACUGCCAAGAUUGUCAUGUCUUUUUUUUUUGAUAAUCCACUCAUUAAAAGAAGUUAAAGAUAUAAACAAGAGUAAAGUCACACAGCUAUACUCGAUGUCCAUCUGGUAUCGGCACUACAGUUCUGUCAGGAGACUGCUUCAUUCUCGUAUGAUUCAUCGUCGCACUCAAUGUUUUUCUGCUUUCCAACAGCAGUGCCACACCUAUAUGACCUAAUAGUGUUUUUCCCCACAAUAUGGCUCAGUCUUGAUUGGGGCUGAAUUGUGCUUCACUGACUCAGAUUACUAACAUUCUCCUUUCCCAUAGCAGUUACCGUAAAUUUGUCAUGUGAGCAUGCUGUAUAAAAAUGGGUAGAUUGAAAUUCAAAUCUUUUUGUACAGAUUUUUACAGGUAUGCAAAAAGAAUGUGAUGGUUUUUCAUUUUCUCUGAAACUUUUUUGACAACACAGCUGAAAACAUUUUUAGAUUUUGUUUCAUGUUACACUAGCAAAACUGAAUUCCUUUGUCAUUACAAUACAGAAAUACUAUAGAAAAACUAACUGAUGUUAAAUUCAAGAAAUUAAGAUCUGGAAAAAAUGGGUUUGACUUCAAAUUGAAAAUGUGUUACAACGCUGCUUUUAAAGCAAAUCUGAAUACUUACAUUUUGUCCAAUUUCUAUUGCAAACAGACGUAAGAAUUCAUUAUGAUGCAACCUGGUCCUCUUCAGUGUAUUUGAAUCACGUCUACCCUCUGUAAAGGGACUUAUUUCCUCAGUCACAGCUAUGGAAGACUGAACAUUAAAAAAAGAUGACACCAUUACAA